AUGAGUGAAUGUUUGAAAUAUGAAAAACCAACCGAUAAGUGCAUGGUAUAUGCACAAAUUUCACACAAUAUUGAUUUUGUUACAUACUUAAUGAAUGAACACAAAAUAGAGAUUGAUUUAGAUUGUUGCGGAGAGUAUAAUAAUCUUGAAUCAUUUUUAGUACAUGUUGAUAAAUUUAAUGAUAUUAAGGAAUGCUUACGUUAUUCUGCAAUAUUUGAUAUUCCCUCUCUUUGCGAAUAUUUCUUUUCACUUGGUGCUAUUUAUAAUAUCAAUGUUCUAGCAAUGGCAGUAUCACAUAAUAGUAUAGAAGUUGUUAAAUUUCUACUUUCAAACUAUUUAAAUCUCUCUGAUAUAUGGCUUCGAGACUCUGCUUUACAUGAAGCAAUAUUUAAUAAUAGUAAUGAAAUAGUAGAAUUACUGCUUUCACGUUGUGCAAACAUCAAUGAAAAAGUUAAAGAAGGCUGA